AUGCAACCGAUAUCAGCUUCUGUAAAGAGCGAAUCGUCGUUGUCGUCACCACCAUUGCCAUCACCGUCAACAUUACACACACCUUCUAUAUCCGAUGCUCGACGUUUUGAGACUCGAUCUCAUACUAUCUCAUCACCAUCCAAUGCAACACUUAUUACCAAUGGACCACAAAAUAAUCGUCUCUUAUCAACUAACCAAUCUCGUUUUUCUCAGUUGCCCGAUCAAGAUUGGUUUUAUUCUCCAUCAUCUUCAUCAUCUCGUCAAUCUAUUCAUCAAGUAACACCAACAACAAAAAAACUAUCAGAUACGAAAUUAUCUUCUACUACACGACGUGUUUCUUGUCCAGUUGCACCUGAUACAAAUAAUAGAAAAGGAAAUCGUUUUCAUUUUCCAACUAGUAUAAAAUCAUCAAUUCGUGACGCUCUAAUGCCAAGUACACCUUCAACAGAUUCAAAUAUAUAUACAAAUGAUACAUUGCAUACUCGUAAGACAUCAUUGGCAGGAUAUUUACGACCAACUAAUAUUUUUUUCCCGGUGGCAAAUCCAGUUGCAGCUGCUGCUCUUGUUGAAGAUGAUGAGUCAAUAACAAAUGAUGAACAACCAACAAAAUCUAUAACACCUUCUCCAUUGAAUACACCUAGACAAAGUACAAAUUUUCAUCGUACAUCUGUCGAAGAUUCGAUAAAUAUAGGUCCUUAUCAUCACAACAGUAUAGCAAUUUUAAAUGUUGGUGGUGUUCGACAUGAAGUAAUGUGGCGAACACUUGCUCGUUUACCAAGUACUCGUCUAGGUCGUUUAGCACGAUUACGUAAAUCAACAGUACCAUCAACAGGUACUAUGCCACAUGAUGAACUAAUUCGAUUAUGUGAUGAUUAUGAUUUAUCGAGAGGAGAAUUUUUUUUUGAUCGUCAUCCACGUUCAUUUACAUCAGUUAUCAAUUUUUAUCGUACAGGAAAACUUCAUUUAGUUGAUGAUAUAUGUGUUAUAUCAUUUCAUGAUGAUUUAGUUUAUUGGGGUAUUGAUGAAUAUUAUUUAGAAUUAUGUUGUCAAAAUAAAUAUCAUCAAAAAAAAGAACAUGUUUUAGAAGAAAUGAAAAAAGAAGUUGAAUUAUUAAAAGUUGAAAAAGGAGAAUCAUUUGGUGAACAUUGUUGUCCAAACGCAAGACGUAGAAUAUGGGAUCUUGUUGAACAUCCACAUACAUCAAAAGCAGCACGAGUUAUUGCAUGUGUUAGUAUUGCUUUUAUUCUUCUUUCAUCAUUUACAUUAACAAUAAGUACAAUUGAAGGUAUUGGUUGUACACCAAAUUUUACUGAUGUUGAUGCAUCAUCAUUAGAUCGUGCAGCAGCAGUUGAUGCUGAUGCAGUUCAUAUAGCUGCUCAAUCAGCUGCUCAAUCAGCUGCUCGACAAUCAGUUGUUGAAAAUCCAGAUAAUUUUGAGGAAUGUCGUGAACCAUUACCUUUAUUUAUAAUUGAAGCAUUAUGUAUAUCAUGGUUUACAAUUGAAUAUGUAAUUCGUGUAUAUGCAACACCAAAUAAAUGUAAAUUUUUUAAAGGUGUUUUAAAUACAAUUGAUCUUAUUGCGAUUGUUCCAUUUUAUAUAUCAAUUAUACUUGAAACAUUAGAUACAGGAAAUUUAAAAAAUUUAAAAUCUGUUCGAAAAGCUGUACAAGUUUUUCGUGUUUUACGUAUAAUGCGUAUAUUAAAAUUAGCACGUCAUUCCACAGGUCUUCAAUCUUUAGGUUAUACAUUAAGACGAAGUUAUAAAGAAUUAUCAAUGCUUCUUAUGUUUCUUGCUAUAUUUAUAUUAUUAUUUUCAAGUCUAGCUUAUUUUGCUGAAAAAGAUGGAAAUGCAAUACAAUUUCGUUCAAUUCCACAUGCUUUUUGGUGGGCAAGUAUUACAAUGACAACAGUUGGUUAUGGUGAUAUAUAUCCAAAAUCAAUGUGGGGUAAAUUAAUUGGUUCAGUUUGUUGUGUUUGUGGUGUACUUGUUAUUGCAUUACCAAUACCAAUUAUUGUUAAUAAUUUUGCUGAAUAUUAUAAAGAACAAUUACGUCGUGAAAAAGCCUUAAAACGUAAAGAAGCUAUUGAUCGUGCAAAAAAGAAUGGUUCAAUAAUGUCAAUUCAAUCACAUUUUAUAUCAAACACAAAUUUAGCUCCUGUAGAUCUUAAUGCACGUCAUACAGGUACUAUGAAAUAUAUGUCAAGUAUUGUACAUGCAGGUGAUGAACCAUUACAUGAUUCCGCAUGUUAUGAUAAGAAAACAUUAUUAUCACCACCGAAAAAAACUUCACAUACAGGUGAUGUUUUUCUUGGUAAUAAUGAAAAUGUAAAAGCACAAGAUGAAGAUGCUAAAGAAGCUUUACUUACUAAACAAGGUACUCCAACUGAUUAA